AUGCGCACAAGGCGCAAGACACAAAACACCCUUGCGGCUCAAUCUCCAGCCGGCAAACGUAAAUUAGAAGUACAAACAACUUACGAAGGAGGCUUUUUGUUGGGGGUUGCGGAAUUGGACCGAGAUGCAGUGGAUGAAGUCGCUCGUGUUCUCAAACGACCACGAUAUGAACCUUCAGACAAGAUUAGUGAAAUAAUUUGCGGAAAGAACGUGGUCGAACUCAGCAAAGGCUGGAAUAAGAUGGAUAAGAUCUUCAAUAAAAUACCAUCCGAGGCAUCUUCUCCUGCGCGAUCCUCUUUGCAAUUCUUGACGGUCAAAGAAUCACAGGCUAACUCGCAUGAUCUCCAGGUCCAUCAAAAGAUUGCUGAAAGACUUCCUUCGGAUCGUGACAUUACCAACUAUUCCGUUGUUUGCCCAAAGACAUUGGUAGCAAUUGAUCCACGGUUCUGGCGAAGAUUCUUUAUGGAGAAAUAUGAUUAUCCCAAUAACUACGAUGCCAACAAAGACCCGAACGGGACCAAGCUUUACAACCUGUUUCGAUAUCGCCAAUCGGUCCUCAGUAGCUUCACCCUUUUCGAUCUCCGGAAUUACCGCAUCAACGACGAUAUUAUCGGCGUUCAGAGAAAUAAUCAAGGCGAAUUUCUAAAGGUUUUGCAUGGCAUGAUUAUCGAAAUGGACUCAAAAAUGUCGUAUGAAUCUGGUGAAUACCGACUCCGAGGGCGUAACCUAGACAUAAUUCGCAGCCUCGUCACAAACGACGGAUCCGGUCCAUAUGUAGACAUCAUCGACUCUAUACUCAGUGUAGAUGCCUCCAACAUUCGAAUCGCAUUCGAAGACAGAAGGAUUAAUGAGACGUUGGUCUUUGUUCUCCAACUGGUCCUCACAGCAAUGUCUCUGCAUCCGAAUAUGUGUAACAGCAAGGUGUGCCAUUUCGACCUUUCACAGCUCAUGACAUAUGCAACCGCGGCACAUCAGCCGGUAUUCAAAGGAAAGUACAAAGAACAGAUCAACGCGCUCUGGCUCCUCUACACAGCCAAUUUCUUCAAGUUUCAUUUGAAGUCCGCUGGCGAAGGUAUCAUGGCACAUGCUUAUUCUAACAUGGACGACCAUCAAUAUCCUUCUAUGUGGGAAGGAAAGAUCAAAGCGGGUACUCAACCAUUGCAAAGGUUUUGGAAAGGUGCCCACACGUUCCUGAGCAUGCGUGAUCUUAUCAGUCUCAGAAAUGAGAAUGGUGAUCAUGAAAAUGAAAACAUCUACUCUGACUCACUUGAUUCCCAUGAUCAGAUUUUCCAGGUAUGUAUAAUCAUGCUACUAUAUGGUAAAGGUGCUAAGAUCAGGGAGGACAUGGAAAUACUUUUUAGCCAAGAACAGGCUUCCAAGCUAUGGAGCAGCAAGUGCGAGGAGGCUCUUCAAAGCGAUCCAUUUAUCAAUCCGCGUCCUCGAUCUCCCAAGAAGACCAAGAAGUCAGGGAAGGGUGCACCAUCAUCCAGUAGAACAACCCGCCAAACAGACAAACGCAACGCUCGACCCGACGACGCCAAACAUCUUAUCAAACCAGAAUUUCUCUCCUUUUACGGCGUUGCUCAUGAUAGCAGAACAGCUUACUUUUAUGGUCGCAUUCACGCCUUACCACCACAGCAAAAUAUCCAUGGCUUCCAACGCAUUGUCUUGAAGAAGUUUUACCUUGAUGAUUAUGGAGAAUUCAGCGAGGAUGUUUACUACUACGAGGGCUGUGUCUUUCCUGGUGGAAAAGUCAUCGCUGGACGAUGGUGGAAUGCAAAUCAUGAUCCUAGAUUGAUUGACACCAUGUCCGGCCCUUUCCUUUGGUGGGGUGUUGACGAAAGUGCAAGAGCCGAACCGAACGAUUCCGAGGCCAUUCUUGCAUUUGCGGCUCUUCAUCACCACUAA